AUGUCGAUCCGAUACAUCAGCCAGAAAGUGGCUCAGCAGAUUGAUGAGGAGUUAAUGUCUGCCUCGGGAGCUUUCUCGCUCGACCAGCUCAUGGAACUUGCCGGAUUGUCAUGCGCGCAAGCUCUUGCAAAGUCGUUCCCAGUCAAGACGCACCGGAGAGUGAUCGUCUGCUGCGGACCGGGGAAUCAGGGAGGGGAUGGAUUGGUCGCAGCCAGGCAUCUUCACAUGUUCCGAUAUCAGCCUACCGUCUACUUGCCCAAACCUGGUUCGAAAGAUAUCUAUCAACGCCUCUUGACUCAAGUGGAAAAUCUGAAAAUCCCUGUUCUUAAGAAUGAAGAUGAGUUCCAAAAGAGUUUGACAGAGCAGGACGUCAUCCUCGAUGCCAUCUUUGGCUUCUCGUUCAAGCCCCCUCUCCGGGCGCCAUUUCACACCAUCCUAAAGCUUAUCGGGUCCUCCAACGUCCCCAUCUUCUCCGUCGACAUCCCUUCAGGUUGGGAUGUGGAAAAGGGCAAACAGCCACUCAGGACCCAGCCGGAUGAAGACGGAAACUCAGAAACUGUCGACACAUUUAAUCCAGAGGCCUUGAUCAGUCUUACGGCGCCGAAGGAAGGUGUGAAAGAGUUCAAAGGGCGACACUGGCUGGGUGGUCGAUUCGUACCCGACGAGCUGGCUCGGAAGUUUGAGCUCAACCUGCCAGAAUACAACGAUACGGAUCAGGUGGUGGAGCUACCAUCAGGCAGGACCGAUUGA